ACGUGGUUUCGACGUCACUCCUGUCUCCGGUAUUGCGUGUCAACAUGGCGGCUUCCAUGGCUUCCCAGGCUGCAGUUAGAGGACUGAGGACAACUGCGACAAAGCGCGUCCUGCUGGACAAGCUACAGUGCAGCUGGCUGACGCCCAGGAGAUGGCUGAACCUACAGGAGUACCAGAGCAAGAAGCUGAUGCAGGACAGCGGCGUGGCGGUCCAACGCUUCUACGUGGCCGACACAGCGUCUGAGGCGCAAGAGGCGGCAAAAAGACUCAAUGCCAAGGAAAUAGUCCUGAAAGCUCAGAUUCUGGCUGGUGGGAGAGGCAAGGGUGUGUUCGACAGUGGCCUCAAAGGGGGAGUGCACUUAACUAAGGACCCCGCAGUUGUUGGCGAGCUGGCUAAAAGGAUGCUCGGCUUCAACCUGAUUACCAAGCAGACGCCCAAAGAUGGAGUGAAAGUGAAAACGGUGAUGGUCGCUGAGGCUCUGGAUAUAAGCAGAGAGACGUAUUUUGCCAUCCUAAUGGACCGGGCCUGUAAUGGUCCAGUAAUGGUGGGAAGCCCCCAGGGAGGGAUGGACAUCGAAGAGGUGGCCGCCUCCACCCCAGAGCUCAUCUUUAAGGAAGUCAUAGAUAUAUAUAAAGGCGUGCAAGACGACCAGGCGCUUCGCAUGGCAGCUAAUUUGGGUUUCAAAGGACCUCUGCAAAGACAGGCAGCGGAUCAGAUUAAGAGGCUCUAUGAUCUGUUCCUGAAAGUCGACGCCACUCAAGUUGAAGUCAAUCCGCUCGGAGAGACUCCCGAAGGACAAGUGGUCUGCUUUGAUGCCAAGAUCAACUUUGACGACAACGCCGAGUUCCGUCAGAAAGAUGUGUUCGCCAUGGAUGACAUGACGGAGAGCGACGCCACGGAGAUGGAGGCAGCCAAGUGGGAUCUUAAAUACAUCGGAAUGGACGGAAACAUUGCCUGCUUUGUGAACGGAGCCGGUCUGGCCAUGGCAACAUGUGACAUCAUUGACCUCCAUGGAGGAAAGCCGGCUAAUUUCCUGGACCUCGGGGGCGGUGUCAAAGAGAGGCAGGUGUAUGAGGCUUUUAAGCUGCUGACUGCUGACCCAAAGGUAAAAGCUAACUGUCAACAAAAGUGGUUUGCUUCUCUUUCUCUCUCACAGCUUCACCACAUGAAUCAAGCCCAUCAGUGA